UGUGAUUUUUAAGGGCAUAUGAGGAAUAAAUUAUUCUGGCGGAGGACAAAGCUGGGACAAUAAAAAGUUAGGGCAGAGAAGAACCAAACAACAAUAUUUCCCUCCCGAAACUCACUGUUCUCCGAACCUACAUGUUUGGCUCAAGCGAGAGUGACUCGCAUCUCUUCGCUCCAUUCCAUCAGAACGAUCACCAGCUAAACCACACUGGUGCCUCAAUUCUGGAUCGAAAUCAGAGUGACUAGUGCAUGCGAGAGAGGAAAGUAAUCUCAGGAAAACAAUGAGUGAAGGACCAAAGCUUUACACCUACAAACCCAAGAAAGCGCAGCUGAAGCAAUGCCAAGCUCAACAACAAGGUAAGGGUUUCACUUCACCAUCACCAUCACCAUCUAUGGCUUCAUCGACAUCAGCAGCACCUGCACAAUCAUCUGCAGCAGCUUCAUACAAGAAGGGGUUUGCACCCCCACCACCACCUCAGCCUCCAAAGGAAUCUUUUGCCCGCCGUUAUAAGUUCCUUUGGCCCAUUCUUUUGACUGUCAAUAUUGCUGUUGGGGGUUAUCUAUUCAUAAGAACCAAGAAGAAAGAUACCACUAGUGUUGAGGAAGAAGUUCCAGAAUAUGUUCCUUCAAAUCCAGCUGCUAUGACCGCCAAAAUUGCAGAGGCAACUUUGCAAGCUAUCAAAACACCCACAAGGCGAGAACCAAUUCCUGAGGAUCAGCAGCGCGAACUUUUCAAGUGGAUGUUCGAGGAGAAGAGGAAGAUUAAACCAAAGGAUCCUGAAGAAAAGAAGCUAAUUGAUGAAGAGAAAGCAACUCUCAAACAAUUUAUUCAAGCCAAGUCCAUUCCAAGUAUCUAGCAACACUUCCCAAAGGAAUUCUUUUUGAUUCUCUUUAAAUCCUUCAGGUGUUUUCCGUUACUCCAUGUCAAAGUUGCACAAUGAUGCAGAGUUAAACCAUGUCAGGUAGAUGUUGCCUUUGGAUUUUUUUGGUUCUUACAUUUUAAGUUUCUGUUGACCUAUGUUUCCAGGCAUGUGAUAAA